AAUGGAAGUGUACACUUUUAAGUAAGACUUCUAUAUAUAGAUGGCAGAUACGUCUUUCAUCUCUACCUGACGAUCCCAAAACGAGGUUCUGUUGAAAAAUGGUGGACUAACUGAAAGAUUACAACUUCACAAUUUUACAAGAAUACUAAGUAUAAUUGUUGGAAUGAUGUGAAAGUGUGAUGUCUCGCAGUGUUGCAUGGAGACGUGUCAUUAGUGAUACAGCCAGCUGGAGACAGGAUGAAGCUAACAAUGCCACCAUCUACAUACUGAGAGAGAUAGGACCAACUGGCUUCCUUCUUAAAGAAGAUGGAGAAAGGAAAAAGUUUAAGGUGUUACUAGGUGACCCUCACUCGUGUACAUGUCCAGUGUUUAUGAAGGAGAAAGACAUAUGCAAACACAUCUGUUGGGUGCUCCUGAAGAAGUUUAGAAUUCCAAGAACUAAUCCAGUGACUUGGCAGCUGGGACUUGUUGAGCGUGAGAUCAACGAGAUUCUGAGAGGUAUUCUAGCUAAACAGCGCCCAAAGACAACUGUCUCUAAGCCAACUGUAUCUGGAACACAGGAGAUAGAUGGCAGGCCAGUGCUUGAACAACGUGAGAUAUCGGAAGAUGACGUCUGCCCAAUCUGUCAAGAUGAACUACUGGAAAAGAAGGAAGCUGUGACAUAUUGCAAGUUUGGAUGUGGGAACAGUGUACAUAUCAAGUGUAUGAAAGUAUGGGCAGAGCACCAGAAAACACAAGGGAAGACAAAUGUUGAGUGCCCAUUUUGUCGAGAGGAUUUUGGCCCAAUUGAGAUUUUACGGAAAGAGUAUGCCACAGCUAACACUCGCACUACACGCUCUGAGAAGGUGGAUUUGCAUCUGGGUGUUACAUGUGAUGUCUGUCAGGUCUGCCCAAUAGUGGGAAAGUGUUUUAAAUGCAACAUGUGUAACAACAGUCAUAUGUGUCAGCAAUGUUACUCAGCUGGUGGUAAUCAUCCUCCCAAUCACACAUUUGUCUUUCGCCAGAAAUGUACACAAAGGUGGCGCACUGCUGUCAAACCAUCUGGUAUGGCUUUGCCGCAUGCUGUCGUAAAUAACCUGAUGACGCGGGACAUCUCAGAUAAUGAUUAUGACAUGCUACUCCAAUUGGAUAACCCUAGUUCCAACCAACCAAGUAAUAUUCCAGAAGAGGUGAUUCAAAAUCUCCCAACAGAGCGGGUGAGGGAAGGGGGUCGGCUGCUGGCCCCUGGAGAGCAAUGUAGGGUCUGCCUCCGAUCAUAUUCUGUGGGCCAGUAUGUUAAACGUCUACCAUGUAGGCAUAGGUUCCACAAGGACUGUAUAGACAACUGGUUGUUACAUGAACAUGCUACAUGUCCUUUAGAUGGCCAAAUGGUGUGGAAUCCAGUCACAUCCCAACUAGUCAGUGAUAGACCAAGACAAAGGGUGACCAAUCAACAGCAAAACCAAUCACCUGCUGCUACUUCUGAACAAUCCUCCCUCCAGCUAGAAAUCCCAGGAAUUGGUGUCGCUCAGAUGAAUGGAGGGGCACAAUCGAUACAGAGACGUGGAAUUCUACCGCGAGGAAAGCUGCAACAACAAGGUGCUGUGUCUCCAGCAGAUGGCAGCACCUUACAGCCUGGCUUUGCUCUCAGUGGAACUGCUAUCAAUAGUACAAAUACUGAAGCUGCUCCAGCCAUAAUGAACAGUCCUCUGAGGAUGGGACACGUUACUCUGUCUAAACGUCCACCUGUUUCUCAACGAGGUAUCCAUGACAGCAGCCCCGUAGCGCCAUCUAUUCCCCUACCUAGUAAUGAGACAUUGGUUGUAGGAACAGGAAGGAAUAGCGCACCUAGCUCAAGAUUAAAUGCUCAACGUAGUGAUAGUGAUAAUGAGACUGGCAGGAGAAAGGGAAGGGCAGGCUUGCAACAAGGUGUACGGAGGGCACGAAGCAGUAGUGCAUCACGAGCCAAUAGGAGCACCCCUACUGCUCCAGAUUUACAUAUUGGCGAUGUCAACAGUGAAAUCGCUAUCCCUUUAGCUUCAGUCGUACCACAGCGUAAAUUACCAAAUAGUACGACUAAAAGGACUAUUAAACCAAGUAGUACCACUAAAAGGACUAACACCCAGCAUGUACCCAUUGGAGAUAUUGCAUUAACUGGUUCACAAAUGUCACAGCUCACUCUCCAAGACUGCUAUGAUGUCACUUAAUUAUGCGCAUAAUUUGUCUUAUAUUGUGACAUCACUAAAAUUGAUCAGUAUUAUUUUAUUUGUAAAGAAUAAUGCAGUAAUUGCAAAUUGAUAUUAGCUUUUAAACCAAAUCCGUCCAGCAAUACUGAAAAACAGUAUUUUUUUUAUUUCUAUGUACACAUCUUUUAUAUUUUGUUUGGAAUAUUUUACAUGAAAUGUAAGUUUACUCAUCUUGCAUGUAUUUCUCUUACAAACAAUUAAAUGUAUUUAUGUGAGUGUGGGCAUUAAGAUGUGUCUGUGUGUGAUUGCCACCCUUUGAACCUCUCUAUUUAAGGUUCCAAACUUGGUAUGAGUAGUGAUAAAUGAUAACGUAUGACCAGGGAUUAUCAAGGUCAAUGUCAUGAAAGGUCAAAUUCAGAAUUUGAAUUGUAUUUUAAGAUUUGCUGAAAGCAUAUGUUGACGUGAUCUUUUUCAUAUGAAGAGCUAUAUUUUUUCAUUUACUAAAUAUGCCAUAUGCUAUGAGUAAACACUAGAUUUGCUGUAAGCUGUGCCAUUUAAGACAAGUUGACUGUAAUAAUGGUCUUAACCAACCAAUUGCACUAUAGUUACCUCUAUUUGUUACACUUGCUUUAAGCUCAUAUUUGAACAUAUGACAUAUUUAUCAAAUAUGCAUGAUGUAUGCGUUCUUUGAAAAUAAAUUGAACUAUU